AAAUAGUGGAUACAUGGCGCCGGAAUAUGCUAUGGAAGGACUCUUUUCUGUCAAAUCAGAUGUGUUUAGUUUUGAAGUAAUUUUGUUGGAGAUUAUAAGUGGAAAAAAGAAUAACGGGUUUCAUCUUUCAGAACAUGGUGAAAGCCUUUUGACAUUUGCAUGGAAAUUAUGGUCAAAAGGUGAAGGAAUGAAACUAAUAGAUGAGCAUUUUGCUGGUUCAAGUGUGCCAACAGAAGUGCUUAAAUGCAUUCAGAUUGGUUUAUUGUGCGUGCAAGUAGAUCCAGCAAAUAGACCAACUAUGUCAACUGUUGUUGCCAUGUUGGGAAGUGAGACCAUAACGCUUCCUCUACCAGUAGAACCUACAUUUUACGUUGGACAUUUUGUUGCAGAAGCAAUUCAACUCAGUUUCACUGAUAGAAUAUUUUCUGUUAAUGAGGUUACGAUUUCAAGCAUUUCAACUCGAUGAUUAAUUAGUUGUUGCAUGUUGCUUUUGAAAAAUUGUUAAUAUGCUAUUUUAUAUUGGAUGUAAAAUACUAAAACGUUUUGCAACUUUUCAUUUAAACAACUAGAGAUUUUCUUUCAUUAUAUUGUAAUGAUUUUGUUUUUAAUGUAUCUUAAUGCCAUUCAGUUUUUAAAAUUUCAUAA